AUGUCUCUACCGUUGAAGGCCAAGGUCUCUGUCAGAGACAACUGGACAAACCCCGAUAGCCCUGCGCAAAAGGCUAUCAAGGCCCUCAAAGAAGUGCUCGGCCUUGAGGUUCACUGUGAGCCUGAAUGGCCGAUCCUUGUCUCUGAGCUAGACAAUGUCUGGGAGGACAAGAACCAGCUCAUCGCCUCGGUGGUAUCUUUUCUGCAGACCUGGUUCCAGGUUCUAACCGAGUUGCUUGAUGACGAGAGUCAAGAAGAGUGGGCUGACAAGCUGUUGACCAAGAUCAAUGAGCUUUGCUCUAGGCUGAACUUGAUUGUUGAGAUUUCUGAGAGCGAGCAUGCCUCUACACAAUGGUCUGAUGGACGACUGGGCUUUGUGCUUUCUCUCCCCAACACUCAGGUCUACCAGCCAGCACAGUUUGCUGGCGUCUUCAAAGAGCAGCUCCUCGAUUGCUUCGAAGCCAAGAAGCCCUCCAAGCCACUACCCAUUCACUCCACCACCGGAGACGAGUGGGCUGACGUCGGCGUCGAGGAAGCGGCAGAACAGCCUACGAAGCAGCCACAGACAAAGAGCCAGUCGUCCACUGUGGAUUAUCUCCCUGACCCCAACACCAUGCCCAAGCCUGGAACUCUUCUCCAAAAGACUCCUUACCAUCUCUUUGUCCAUGCGGCUGGAAAGAACAAGAUCGAGAUUGAGUGUAGUCACAGCCAGACUCUCGAGGUUCUGUCCGAGUACCUCAAGAGAUGGUGCAGAAUCAACCCAAACCUAACGACCAAGGUAAGCAACUGCCCAUUCCAGGGUGAUGUGCUCUCUAAUAUGACCAAGCCUCCUGCGGUAGAGAUCGAGCUGAACCAUGGCACUUCUGGCUUCGGAGUGACUUACGACAGGCUCACUUUGUUUUGCGAGAACCGGUAUGGAAGCGUCUUUACCAUCUCGGCUACCAUGAUCUUGAAUCUGGUUGAGGGCGUUUUUGGUUAUCAGCAGGUUUAUAGCGAUGCAUGCACUUGGCACUAUCGCAGGGACACGCCAUUCAAGAAAGCGUAG